UUUGUUGCAGGUUUAAGUAAGUUCGCUCGGUUAGCCAGAUCUGUCACCAGAAGUCGCUCUGUUAUUGUUCAGCAGUUUUCUUCACACUUGCCUGUCGUGAAAUCGGAGAAUGCCAAACAGUCGCAGCUGGGUCACGUGAUGAGCCUGAGUCCGGAUGUAACGCUCCAAUAUCGCCAGGAAGCUCCUAAAACACCUGCUCACAUCCUCCUACAUUACUGUGCUUUUAAAGCCAUUUGGGACUGGAUCAUCCUCAUCCUCACCUUCUACACGGCUAUCAUGGUACCAUAUAACGUAGCAUUUAAAAGUAAGAGUAGUGAAGAUGUUAGCUUUCUUGUUCUGGACAGCAUUGUUGACGUUAUCUUCUUCAUCGACAUCGUUCUUAACUUCCACACAACCUUUGUAGGGCCAGGUGGUGAAGUGGUAUCUGACCCAAAAAUCAUCAAAAUGAACUAUUUAAAGAGCUGGUUCAUAAUCGAUCUUUUGUCUUGUCUCCCCUAUGACGUUUUCAAUGCCUUCGAUCAUGAUGAUGACGGUAUUGGAAGUCUCUUCAGUGCUUUAAAAGUAGUCAGAUUACUUCGACUUGGAAGAGUAGUAAGGAAGCUGGACCGUUAUUUGGAAUACGGAGCUGCCAUGUUGAUCCUUCUUUUGUGUUUCUACAUGUUGGUAGCUCAUUGGCUAGCCUGUAUUUGGUUCAGUCUUGGUCGUAGUGAUGCAGAGAACGGUUUUGUGUUUAGUUGGUUGUGGAAACUCUCAAACGUUACUCAAACACCAUUUCAUUUUCAUAUAUCAAACGAAUCUUAUGAAACUGAGCUCGUCGGAGGUCCUACACGUGAGACGAUGUACGUUACCGCCCUUUAUUACACAAUGACCUGCAUGACUAGUGUCGGAUUUGGUAACGUUGCUGCCGAAACAGACAAUGAAAAAGCCUUUACCAUCUGUAUGAUGAUAAUAGGAGCCCUGCUGUACGCAACUAUAUUUGGUCACGUGACUACAAUCAUCCAACAGAUGACAUCCGUCACGGCACGUUAUCACGACAUUCUGAAUAACGUGCGUGAGUUUAUGAAGCUCCAUGAGGUGCCCAAAGCACUUAGUGAGCGGGUGAUGGAUUACGUCGUAUCCACCUGGGCCAUGAAUAAAGGGAUUGAUACAAAAAUGGUGUUAAGUUACUGCCCGAAGGACAUGACAGCUGACAUUUGUGUCCACUUAAAUAGGAAAGUGUUCAACGAACAUCCGGCUUUCCGAUUAGCUAGUGAUGGAUGUCUACGGGCUCUAGCAAUGUACUUCAGCAUGGACCACAGCGCCCCUGGCGACCUGUUGUAUCACACUGGUGAAAGUAUCGAUACUUUGUGUUUUGUUGUUUCUGGAUCACUCGAAGUUAUACAAGACGACGAAGUUGUGGCCAUUUUAGGUAAGUCUAACACACAAACAGCCAUUCAAGCCCAAGAAAUCCUCUUACCUCACAAAAAUGCUUUGACAUUAGCCAAUUAUGACCAGAGUCAGUCUUUGAUUGAUAUGUAUUUAAUCCCUCUCUGCAAACUAUGUGUCCCAGGAAACUACGUGUUGGUGGAACAGUUCAGCUUUCUUGGGUUUCAGCUUAAGGUUCUCUUUCCUCAACCAAUCCAGAACUUUCCUUAG